AUGUCUACAAGUACAAAUUUAUUGAUAAAAACAAGCGCAGUCUGUGGAACUAUUGGAAUAUUUGAUCAUAGCAGAAAACCACUGUGCAGCUGUCCAAGUGGUUUCAGACCGACUUCCACGAGAGAGUGGGAGUUAGAAGGUUGGAGUUCAGGGUGUUCAAGGAAAACCCACCUGCAGUGCAGUUACAGGAACUCGACUUCUGGAGAAAAAGACGGAUUUUUGGCGGUACCCAAUUUGCUCUUACCUGCAGAUUCGCAGAUUUUCGCAGCAACUAGUGAUAAAGAAUGUGAAGUGGCUUGCUUGAAUAAUUGUUCGCGCGCUGCUUACGCUUAUGGCAAUGGAUGUUCAAUUUUGAAUGGAGACAUUCGAAAUCUUCAGAGACUAUCUGAAGAUGACAAGGGAGUUGGUACGCUUCACCUAAGGCUCGCAGCCUCUGACCUCCCACAAAAAAGAAGAAAUAAAUUAGUUACGAAGGUUGGUGUAAGUGUAGCGGGAGGAAUAGUUUUUGAUUUGCAAAGAGUGACGAAGAAUUUCUCUGAAAAGCUCGGUGGCGGAGGGUUUGGCUUGGUAUUCAAAGGAAUUCUAUCUGAUUUAGAUUAUGUAGCUGUGAAAAGACUCGAAGGGUUUCGACAAGGAGAAAAGGAAUUCCGAAAUGAGUUGGGAACAUUAGGCAAAAUUCAUCAUCUUAAUUUAGCACGUCUACGCGGCUUUUGCUGCGAAGGAAGUGAAAGGAUACUGGUUUAUGAUUACAUGACAAAGGGACCUUUAGAUCAACACCUCUUUCCAAAAGUCAAGUGCUUAAACUGGAAGACUAGACACCAAAUCAUACUAGGAAUUGCUAGGGGACUAGCAUAUCUCCAUAAAGAGUGUAGAGAAUGCAUUAUACAUUGUGACGUAAAGCCAGAAAACAUUCUCCUAGAUUCUGAAUUCUGUCCAAAGUUAUCAGAUUUUGGCAUGGCAAAACUCCUUGGCCAUGACUUUAGCCGAGUGCUGACAACGACCAGGGGAACUAUAGGCUAUCUAGCACCAGAAUGGAUUGAAGGGCUACCGAUCACAUCCAAAGUCGAUGUUUAUAGUUGUGGUAUGAUCUUAUUUGAAAUAGUAUCUGGUAGAAGAAAUUCAACAGUUAAUGAAGAUGGAAGCAAGAUUUUUUUUCCUGUGAAGUCUGUGAACGAAAUUAUCAAUGGAGAAGUUCUUAGCUUGAUAGAUGAGAAUUUGGAGGGGGACGUUGAUGUUUUGGACGUCAAUAGAGUUUGUACAGUUGCUUGCUCGUGCAUUCAGGACUCUGAGCUUGAAAGGCCGUCGAUUGGUUUAGUUGGGAAAAUGUUGGAAGGAGUUUUGGAUGUUGAGAUGCCUCCAUUUCCUAGAAAUCUUCGACAUCUUGCAGAAGAGGGUUCG